AUGGAGAUAAUCACAGACGAUGCCGACGAAAGGUCUGGGAAUGUACCACGUCCACGGGGGUCGAUAAGCGCGGUUCAAACCAGUCUGCCAGACCCACUCCGAGGCGAAGGACAAACAGGCUGCUGCGCCCUACACCUCGUCUGCGUCGCCUGCAACGCAUUACAGGUCGGUUGUCCGUCGAAAAUGACGGCGCCGGCGGAGGAGGAGGAGGAACAAAUGGCGAAAGAGUUUUCCGGCCAAUUCGUCAUCGACAGGCGACGCGAUCGGUCCACCUCGAGUCCCGACGGCAGUCUGCUCGAGGCGGCCAUCUUCACGAGCCGACGCUCGGACGCCGGGCCCGGCGCUCCGUCGCGCUGUAUGCUACGCUUGAAGUAUGAAUUUGAUCCCAGAUCCCCGCUGAACGGGCUGCCGUCGACCGGCGGACCGCAGCAGCUGCUCGACGGCCCCAAGCCGCUGCUGCGCUCGCUCCUCCACGAGCUGCGUAAGCACAAUCAGACCUUGUUGAACCGGCCGGUGCCAUCUCCGUUGCCGGGGUCGGGACGCGACGUGGGCGACGACGAGGAUGAAGCCUUGAGCCUCGAGUGCGUCAGACGGCAACUGUCCGAGACGCUGCGUAAGCACAAUCAGACCUUGUUGAACCGGCCGGUGCCAUCUCCGUUGCUGGGGUCGGGACGCGACGUGGGCGACGACGAGGAUGAAGCCUUGAGCCUCGAGUGCGCCAGACGGCAGCUGUCCGAGACGCCGGCCGUGGAGCCGGCGGUGGUACCGGAGGCGGGCGGAACCCGCCUCCUCGGGGCCCCGGGGCCCGCAGCCCAGCCGGCCACGAGGCUGGCCUGCCUCGUGGCCCGACUGACCGGCGAGCGCGGUCCGAUCGCCAGCUUCGCGGCCGAUCAGAUCGUCAGUUGGACGCGCGGAUCCGAGCCGGCCGAGGCGCUGGUGCGCCGCCGGCCGCUGGUGCCCGACUGGCGCAUCAGCGGCGCAGGCGCUCGGCUGUUGGCGACGGCUUUUCUGCCGGCCUCGCAGCCACAUCUUCAGCUGUCGCUGGCCCCGUUGCCACGCAACCGCGGCGAGUCGACGCGGCCGCCGGCUCCGCUCAAACGGCUUCUUCACCGCUCGGCCGGGCUUCAGCCCAACCGGACCAAGACGCUGCUGACGCCGCGGGCUCUCGUCGUCGAGCGAGUCCACGCUUCCAAUUGCCCGCCGGCCGCUUCACGCCGGCGCUCGGCCUCAUGUCGCCUCGACGCGGCUCCGGCCGCCGGCACGGCCUGGCACCUCGUCUCCCUGACGCCGCAGGCGCUGCCGGCACCCACGGCGACGCAGACGGCGACGGCGCGAGUUCGAGGCCGCACUCAGUCGCGUGUGCAUGCGCGAACUCGAGUCCCGGCCACGCCGUCGAACCCGGUCUCCUCCGAGGUCUGCAUCUUCCCGUUGCGCGAGCUCGAGGCGUUGACGCAUCACUGCCAGCGCAUCCUCGGCCAAGGCUUGCAGGCGCGCCUGAGCCGGCGCCAGCAGCAGACCGGCUGUCACAUGCUGCUCGAGUCCGGACUGGCCUGCCAGUCGCGAGGACUCAAGCAGGCCGACUCAAACGACAGCCUCUUCACCGCAAUCGACCAACCGACGCGCCGACCCGCCGUCGACUUGGAGACGAUUUACUCGAGCCACUUUUUCCGCCUGAACCACCAACGUCACCACAACAGUAACAACAACAACAACAACAAAAACUACGAGGCCUCGUCUUUCUGGUGCGAGGACCUGCGGCUGAUGCCGAACCUCGGCGAUAAGCAGACGGCCUUCCUGUCGUUCGAUCAACUGGUCAACCGGUACCAGGGCCAGAAGAGGCCCUUCAGCUCCAUGGACGCCAGUCUGCCAGAGUUCGACAGGCCAACCAGCGGGCCAUGCUACGCGGCCCGUCUCAAGUCGGACCCUCGUCGGACGACGGCGCCUCGAACCGGCGUCCCGGGCUCGGACCCGCCCGAGGCUGGGCCGGCCAUGCUCGAUUCGGCCACCGCGACCGAGGCCGGCGUCAAGGCCUGUCUGCUG